AUCACCACCUUUGUCGUUGUUCGGCAGCUGCAAACUGGAAAGUCCCUGACAGACAGACAGGGAGGUUUCAGAGAGGGGAAAACUGCGGCUAGCUUUGUCAUAAUAAAUGAGGGAUAUUACUGUGUUCCUCACCUCACCGCCGUCGCGUGUAUGAAAUACCAUGACGUGUUUUGAGUCGAGGUUUUUGCGCUAAUCGAGUAGAUGCUCCCUGGUGAGUGCUAACGGUGUUAGCGGCUAGUUCUUUGUGUGGCUAAAGCUGUUAGCACAGGGAUGUGUUGUUGUUGUUGAACGGAGCAGCCCUCCCGUCGUCUGGGAGAGGAGAGGACAGGUAACCGUAAUCUCAAACGCCUUUUAAACAAGUUCAUCCAGUGACAUAUCGGUAGAAGUGGCCCGUGGAAUCCUCCGUCAAUAAAACGACAUCGAAAGAGGGAGACGGCAGAGUUUGACCGACGAGGGAGGAGAUGGGAAACUGUCUGAAAUCUCCGACCUCCGAUGAUAUUUCUCUGUUACACGAGUCUCAGUCGGACCGGGCCAGCUACGGAGACGGAGCUGACCCCGACCAGGAGCCGCCGCCCCCAUACCAGGAGCAGAUUCAUGUGCCUGUCUACCACCCAACGCCCAGCCAAGCCCGUUUGGCCACUCAGCUGACAGAGGAGGAGCAGGUCCGCAUCGCCCAGCGCAUCGGCCUCAUCCAGCACCUUCCUAAGGGGGUGUACGACCCAGGGAGGGACGGCUCCGAGAAGAAGAUCAGAGAGUGUGUCAUCUGUAUGAUGGACUUUGUGUACGGAGACCCCAUCCGGUUCCUGCCCUGCAUGCACAUUUACCACAUGGACUGUAUAGACGACUGGCUGAUGAGGUCCUUCACCUGUCCCUCCUGCAUGGAGCCUGUGGACGCUGCGCUGCUUUCCUCUUAUGAAACCAACUGACAACAUUGCACAUGCUCCAGCGCUCAACCUAGUGAACAAGACUGGACCACAUGAACGUCCAAUAUGCACACAAAGGAAACAGAACACAACCUCUGUCUUACUAACUACAUCCUGUAUUCGUAAGGGAGAGAUCUCAAAGCAGUGAGCAUAUGUGUUGAGUGAAUCUGAGUGCGUGCGUGUGUGUGUUUGGUCAUGUACAGUUCCUCAGUUGGCCUGCUGGACAGGACUGCAUCUGGGAAAAGGCUGAAGGACCAGACACAGCAUUGGUGUUAAGGAGCAACCAGAGGAAAAUGAAGAUGAAGGCUGUGAGGAUGAAUCACCACUGGCAGUCAGAGAAAGAGGAUGACAGUUUACACUUAAUAUUAUGGAACAAUUUCAACAUCUGCUUUUAUACAUGCAAGUACACACAGUAGCACCAGAUACACACUUCCUAUAUUCCACCCCCCUUCUUCCGGAAACAAACUGAAAUAGGAUGCAGGACAGCUGACCACUACGAUGGCUGCAGGCUGCCAGUUAUGUUUAAGUGUGAUUGCUGCAUUGCUGAAAUACUGCAAAAAAAGUAAAAAACAAAAAAGAGCCUUUGAGAAGACUUUCUGAUCCGCCUGAUGGUUUGUCUCCAGACAUUCAGAUAUUAGGUUCAAAACAAUGAACACGCUGAUGUAUUGUGCAGAUGUACCACAGGCUUCCACCUCUUGUCAGUCAUCUGUCUGUAUAGAUAUGUGAUGAGAAAAAUCUGAUUGAUUGUUGGAUUUGGACUGAUUAUCCCGUGGUUUUGUGAAAUCUGUUCUGUGUUUUUUGUCAGUCAGCGUAAGGGCUCUGUUGAACCAGUGUUUACCAGCAACACAGACAUGGGGGGGGGUAAAAAAAAAAAAAAAAAAGACAAAAUGUGCUGUAGUCACUCGUGAUGGUGAUGAGGCCGUCAUCACUAUCACACUAUUAACUCACCAUGACGUCCUUACUCAUCCAGUCACGUGAGUUAUCAGAUUAUUGACCAAAGCACAAGAAUCCCUGUUAGACUGGUAACAAACCAUGUACAUGCUUUCACACAAAUUAGACAGAAUUGCACUUUUGUCAGAUUCACGACAGGAGUUGAACAUAUGCAUUCACUUGAAGUCUGUUAUUCACUUUACUUACAUUAUCAAAACAUUCUCAAUACACUGUUCAGUUAAGACAGCCUCAGUGUUAGUAUAGCAGGAGUGAGUACACACUUUAAUACUGGUAACUUAAUCCAAACUACUGAAUUAACUCCAGGGCUAGUUAUUGCUCCUAAUCAUGGCAUUUCAACAAGAGGUAGGACUCAUAAAGAUUUAUGCAUAUUUAUAGGUGGUGUAAGGUAUUCUAAUCUAAGACGUUUUUGUCAUAUACAGAAAAGACAAAUAUCUCCUCAUAGCCUCUGAACGUGCAUUGAAACUAAAUCUGGGGCCUGUAUCCAAAGCAACUUCAACACUUUCAGGAUCACUCUCUGUGACUUGGCUUGCCACAGUGUAGUGGUAUCAUGAAGGUGGUUCUGAACCCACAUUGUUAGUCCAAACCCAGAUUUAGGAUUUAUUGGAUGAGCCCUUCCACACAUGGGCAUGUGGAGAUCAUCCGCAGAUGUCUGACAAGAGGAACAAACAUCAUUUUAAAUGUUUUUAUGGAGGAAUUUAAAAGUAUAAUACUGGCUUAAAGCAACACAAAUGUUGUAGCCAAAGCCAAGAAGGACAGAAGUGAAAGAACAAGUUAAUAUUCUUAUCAAUAUCAAAUCACCCACAUACAUCCGACUAUUAUUACAAAUGUGCUAAAAAGCCAAGUGAAUUCAUGUUUUAUGGUUUGUAAGACAGUUCUUCCAGCUCAGUCCUGCUAUAGGUAAAUCGUCUUAGACAAAGUAAAGAACAAAUAAAACCAGAGAUGAAAACAAAGUAAGCUUAUUGUCAGAUAUUGUAAGAUUGACAAAUCCAGGGCUUCAGUGAUUGAGUCUUAAAACGACCUCUGUUUUAAGAGUCUACAUUAAAUCAUCAACAAACCAAAGCCAAAGGGUUUAGGUGGUCUGUAUAACAUCCAUCUUCUGCAAGAUGCCCUUACAUUCUACUUUAUGCUACUGAAAACUGAAAUGGACAGAAGAAUUCUGCUCGGUAACAGGCCCCAGGUUUAUGUACGUGGCCCUGUUUCUGUAAAUGGGAAAAGACCAAAGUCAAAAAUUCACACAUUAACAGCCGAUGACAUAGUUCAGGGGUGUCAAACGUACGGCCUGUGGGCCAAAACUGGCCCGCCAAAGCAUCUUCUCUGGUCUGUGGGAUGAAUUUUUGAAAUGCAAAACUUGCGCUAAAGAUAUUAACAUAUUAGUUAAAGGUGUCAAAAUAAUUUUAGUUCAGGGGCCAUGUUCAGCCCAAUUUGAUCUCAAGUGGCUUAGAUCAAUAAAAUACUAUCAUAAUGACGUAUAAAUAAUGACAACUCCAAAUUUUUCUCCUUGUUUUAGCGUAAAAAAGUAAAAUUACAUGAAAAGGUUUACAUUUCCAAACUAUCCUUUCACAAAAAAUGUGACUAGCCUGAAUAAAUAUGAACCUCUAAGGUCUCUGUAAAUGUCAUAAUGUGUCAGUAUUCUACCUGUUACUAAAUGUUUUGUGUUUUUGUAAAUCCACUGAAAUGUAAAUUCAUGUGUAAAUGACAAGCUGAGACAUUAUUGUUAAAAUUUCACUUAUUUCAGGUUCAUGGUCACAUUUUUUACAGGAUAGUUUGUAGAUUUAAAUACUUUCAUAAUGUAAUUUAAAGUUUUUCAGAAGUUUGGAGUUGUCCUUAUUUAUAGGUUAAUGUUAUUAUUUUAAUGGUCUGGCAGUUUAGGAUCACAUUGGACUGUAUGCGGCCCCUCAACUAAAACGAGUUUGACACCCCCAAUUUGGUUAAAGUAUUAGCAACAGUUUUUGUCAGGAAUCCCAUACCGCACCUCUCCCCUAUUAAGAUUUUUUUACAUAUUAAAAUGCUUCCCUGCCAUGUGGCUAUUUGUCUCAUGCAACUAAACCUAAAAUGAACAUUAAAAGGGGAAAGUAGUGAAGCUGACAGCUGCCACGAGCAGCAGAAUGGCACCGAUGGGAGCUCAGAUCAAGGGGUUGUGUGUCAGAACGGUCCUAAUGGCAUCAGAACAAACAUCAUCAAUGAUAUUCUGACAUUAGUAAAGCUGUCUCUCCUGUUUGACUGUUACAUCUCAAAAUGAAUCCCUAAUCUGAAAGAUCUCGUCACCCCCAAAAUGUUCGUUACACUCGUCUAGUUUACUAUGAAAGCACAAAUAUAAAUGUUGGACGAUGCCUGUAAACUUCAACACAUAGGCGCCUUGAAUUAUGCAGAAAACAGUCAGUAUACAUUGAAGUUCUGAACUCCCCCAGCACUGUGGGCAUGAUGCAGAUCUGACAGUGAAAGCCUUUAGAGAUCCAUGUGAGUAUGUGCUCAUCUGUGUGUGUGUUUGUUCUGGGCUUUCUGUGUGUGUGUUAAUGAGAGAUUGUGGGCAGUUGAGGUGGCUGUCAGCACCUUAGUUUUUUUGCACAGUACUUUAAUCUACUUAAGUCUUUAUGUUGUAUUUUUUCUCCAUCAGUUGGGUGGAGCUUCAUGGCCUUAGGUUAGGUAUGAGCAGAGGCUGGUGUCAGCUGCUAAAACGCAGAGCGGGGUCCACUUAACUUCAACAAAGAGGUUUUAUAUAUACACAGUUUGGACUGCAAAAUAAUGCUGCUGCCAGGCUGUGGUGCAGUCAUUCAACACUCAAUGUACAUGUUGUGCUGUGAAGAAAUUCAAAAGGUGUGUCAAGAAAAUUGCCCUUCUACAUUGUCAUAAAGAUAAUAAAUAAAUUGUCAGUGUG